AUGGAAAGUUCACCAGAAUCAGUCCGUCCGGUGAAGCGCGUCAAGUACGCGCAACAAGACGAUGCGAUUCCACUGAAUACAGCCACAUCCAGCAUCAGGACCUCCGACACCGUUAACGAGCCCCUGGUUACUGAUGUCCCAUUGUUCGACAAUACAUGGCCCAUGACAACGGAAUUGUCGUCCCCCUCAGAGGUCCUAUUCAACCUUCCGGAGGACCUUGGCAAUUCGUGGGCCCCAGCUUUUACAGGUAAGGAAGAAGGAGAUGAGAGAGAACAUGUUGCACCCACCCACCCCGCUCUUACUCCCACCCUCACCCCGUUGCACAAUCCGACUGAGAAUCCAUCUUUCAUCCAUCAUGUUCCCGACUUUGUUCCAAUUCCAGCCGAGAAGAUCAGAACUACCCUCCGUUCGCUGACGUUCCAUGCAGCACCCCAGCCUGUGUUGAAUCUUCAGGUAGCCACAGCACCUCAACCAGAACCUCAACCUGAGCCACCUCGCUCUCAGGCCCAGCGACUCCCUCGCCUCUUGCCUGCGGUGCACGACGCUCUUCCAGAACGAGCUGUUGAACCGCAAGACUCAAAGAAGAGAGGCGUGGCACCAGUAGACGGGCUCGUUGCAAGUCCGUUCACUGCAAAUGAAGACCGACUGAUUGUGUCUGCCUUUCCUCGGUUUAUUCGCCCUGAGAAUGGACAGGUGAACGGGUAUGUCAAAUUCAACUGGCCUUCGCGAGCUCCAUCGAGACGACCGUCUGGCCCUGUACCACCCCCAUCAGAGGAUGACGUUGAGGACAUAACGCCCAACGUAACGCGAUCACACACUCUCGAUCGCAAUCCAACCAUAAUAACUCUGGUUAACCCUGUGCCUGCCAUGUCUUCCGCGCCAAAUGGGACUAUUUCACCCAUGGACCUAGAGGGAGGAUGGGGAAGUGCUUCGUCGCCGAUAUUGAUGGCAGGUUCUCCAGUUUCCCUUCAAGACACUUCACAAAUUUUGGUAUCGGGUGACCCGAAAAUGCUGCCCCCUCAGUUCGGAUUCCAAGCAAAGAUGGAUCAUAUCGACAGACGAUUAUUUGAGUUUUAUAUUAAGAACUGGUGUCCAGGAAGGAGUGUGCUCAGCAACACAAACCUGUGGUUGAAGGAUCUGGCGCCGAUGCAUAAGAACGAAGGCAUUCUCCACGCUAUUCAGAGUCUUGCCGGCGUCUACAUCUAUGAUUAUAUACCGGAUGAGCGCAUCCGACAGCGGAUCAAUCAGCGAUAUGUCACGGCGGAUCAAUAUUUCAGCACACUCCUCAACGCACCCGAAAGCAGGGAAAACGGUAAAGGGCAGGAGGUCAUCACCAUGGCCGUGCUUCUUUCAAUGCAGGAUAUUGUCCUCACUGAACGACGACUCAAGAAGCCAUACAACCCACGAUGGCUGGAAGGAUUCAGGCAGGGCGAGUACUUUCUGCAGGCAACAGAUCCCGGUGCUCGCUACUGGAAAAACAACAACGUCCAGUACAACGAACUUCGCAUCUCUCAAUCUAUCAUCGUUGGUCGGGCAGUGAUUCUCGCUCAACCGAUGAUGGCCCUUCCAUCACCAGAGACUUUUAACCCCGAGGCUGAAGCAGGCAGGUUCAGCUGGCUCCUUUAUGGAACAGAGAAGGAUAUGUUUGAGAUCCAUGGUGGAUGUGGCUUUUCAAAGAAACUGUUGCAUCUUAUGAGCCAAGUAACGUACUGUGCAGGCCGAUUGCAGCAAGAGCCCGAAUCUACCAUCGUCCCAAUCACGGCAAGAUUUCUCUUGCGCGAACUAUCGGAAAUGCGCCAAUGGAGUCGUGAAGGCAAAGACUGGGAGCUGGCUCGAAAGUACCCUCCAACGAUAGACUGGGUGCGCGACAAAGCAGAUGAUGUGAUAAUCGAUUCGAAUCAAAUCAUGACGGAGGUUACAGCUGAGGCAUGGAGGAUCGCCGCAAUAAUUUAUUAUCAAUGUCGUCUUCUGAGGCUGCCUCGAAACCACCCGGAAGUUCUUACCAAUCUUGAUGAUCUUGCCCGUUGCAUACGAAUUAUGCCUACAUCGGGGUCUCACUUUACAGCUCAAGCACCUUUGUUACCAGUGUUUUUUCUGGGCUUACUCGCUACUGAACCUAUACACAAGGAAGUUUCAAUGGGUUGGUUCGAACAAGUGGUUCAAACGCCAGUUCGCAGUAGCGUCCCCCCCUUGUACGAUGCGCUUUUGCGCAUCUGGAAAUGGAUUGACAAAGAAGUACAAAUCCAAUCAGAUCCAACUGCUCUCCCCAAAGCUAUCGGUAAGAGGUACCCUUGGUGGGAACACCUUGUUGCAAAGGUCCUCGAUGAAGAAGAGGAAACCCUGUGCCUAACCUGACGGAACGCAACGAACAAACUUUGAUCUGUCCAUCCAUUUUGGGAUUACAAUACCUUCCUUACUCGUAAAAGGUACUGUUCGCAGAUAUUCUCAGCAAUAGUUGCCCGCCUUUUG